AUGUGCGAGGUGGCGAUUCUGAUGCUGAACGCCUUUUAUGGGAGGAAAAGGUGCGUCAGAAUUAUUGACUCGAACGCAAUCAGGGCUGCUGGGGGGAGCUCAUCAGCUGGAGGGAAAAGCUGGGAAAUCAGAAGGAGAAGCUGGAAAUGUGCGAGGUGGCGAUUCUGAUGCUGAACGCCUUUUUAUGGGAGGAAAAAGGUGCGUCAGAAUUAUUGACUCGAACGCAAUCAGGGCUACUGGGGGAGCUCAUCAGCUGGAGGGAAAAGCUGGGAAAUCAGAAGGAGAAGCUGGAAAUGUGCGAGGUGGCGAUUCUGAUGCUGAACGCCUUUUAUGGGAGGAAAAGGUGCGUCAGAAUUAUUGACUCGAACGCAAUCAGGGCUACUGGGGGGGAGCUCAUCAGCUGGAGGGAAAAGCUGGGAAAUCAGAAGGAGAAGCUGGAAAUGUGCGAGGUGGCGAUUCUGAUGCUGAACGCCUUUUAUGGGAGGAAAAGGUGCGUCAGAAUUAUUGACUCGAACGCAAUCAGGGCUGCUGGGGGGGAGCUCAUCAGCUGGAGGGAAAAGCUGGGAAAUCAGAAGGAGAAGCUGGAAAUGUGCGAGGUGGCGAUUCUGAUGCUGAACGCCUUUUAUCGGGUCUAUUACCAACUGUUCGACCUCUGCGAACACGCCUUGAUUUCCGCUUUGAUUCUUUUCGUCGUCGCUUUUUGCUUCCUUCCCGUUGCUUUCACUCUUCAGUCGGUGAGAUUCUCUUUGAAAUUUGUUUUUUUUUCCAUAAAACUGGGAUUGGCGUCGGAAAUCCAUACAAAGGAUAGUCUUGAUGGGACCUGAAAAAGAUGGCAAAAAAACGGGAAAAAUGGGGGGUUUGGCAAAAAAACUGAAAAAAAGUUGGCUUGGCAGUCGUUAGUCAUGCUUAUGUCGUGUAUGUCAUUGACGUCACACGAAUUGGUUUAAUUUUCGGUUUUUUUUUCUCUCCAGCCGGUAAAAUCCUGUUUUUUUGGUUAUAAUUUUGAAGCUUUAUUUUUUUAUUUUUUUCAGUCCUCAUUUUUUUUCAAUUUUAGACGAAAGUUGUAUGAAAAAAAUACAAAAAUUCGCUUCAUUUUCGGCUUUUUUUCUUACAUGCGCUCUUGCUUGAAAAACUUAAAUUCAAGUUUUAAACGUUUAAAAUUAUUUUUUUGGAACAGAGAAGUGUUUUUUUCCCUUUUCACUUUUCAAUCGGUAAAAUCCUGUUUUUAAUCACCAGCCUAUUUUUUUAAAGGGUUUUUCUGAGUGAAAAUGGUCUUGAAAAAAAGGCUACAGUAACCUUCAAAGUAAAUUGAGUAUUUUAAAUUUUUUUUCUCAUUGAAAAAAAUCCAGGAACAUUCAAAAAAAAUCUGGCUGAAAAAUAAAAAUCUGGUCAAAACUCAAUAAGAAAGUAUUACUGUUUCAUCUCACUUUUAAGAAUUUUUUUUUCGUUAUUGCGUCUCCUUUUACAGUACAAAGAGCUCAAAAUAUCUGUCAAAAAACAUUUCCUCCGGCCAAAAUAUGUAUUUUUUCGGCUCAAAUGAGCUUUUCUCGUGUUAUAAGCAUUUCAGCCAUGUUAUUCCGGAUUAAUCCUGCAGCUUAUUACUCAUAACCUUUAUUCGAAUAGGCUUUUUGAUAGCCUUGUUGUUCAAUUUGAUGAAAAAAGACAGAAAAGAUGGAUCUCUGAGCUUUUUUUUUUGUGAGAAUUAGGUCCCGGGUUCGGCUCCUGUCCACGGUUUUGAAAUUUUUGCCGACUUUUGAGGUUUUUCAAGAGUUCCAACUAGCAAUAGGAUCGUUUAAUUUUGCUCUAUAGGUAUGAUAAAUCGGAUUUCAAGAUGGUGUCGAGGUAGGAAGGUAGAAUGCUACUCACAAGGUCACAGGUUCGACUCCUCCUAAGGGCUUGGACAUUUUGCCAUUUUUUCAAGAGUUUUUGAAGCUUAUGUAAGCUAAAACUUGAAUUAGGAGUUAUUAUUUUUUUUUAUGGAUAGUAUAAAGGUAGUGGUGUAGAUUUACGGUCCAGAGGUCACAGGUUCGACUCCUCCUGAUGGAUAUAAAAUUUUUGCCAUUUUAUCAAGAGUUUUUUGAAGCUUUCGUAAGCUUAAACUUGCAUUAGAAAUAAUAAUCGGUUUUUUUAUGGAUAGUAUAAAAGGUAGUGGUGUGGAUCUACGGUCAAGAGGUCACAGGUUCGACUCCCCCUGAGGGAUUUGAAAUUUUUGUCAUUUUCCCAAGAUUUUUUGAAGCUUUUGUAAGCUUAAACUUGCGUUAUAAGGAAUAAUCUGUUUUUUUAUGGAUAGUAUGAAGAUAGUAGUGUAGAUCAAGUGGUCAAAAGUUCGAUCCCACCUCGUGAAUUGGAAUUUUUUGCCAUUUAUUUAAUUAAACUUUGUGGUCAGUUAGAGACUACGGAUUAGUAUUCUAGUUGAAUUUUCCGUGUUUAUCCAAAUUUCAGGGGUCCCUAAGCUUCAUUUUUGAACCAUUGGCAACGCCAGAGUUAUCACUAGAGGGGUAGCCCUAAGGUCCUCGAAUUUUUCCCUUUAGGGACCACUUUGCCUUUUGCUAUAAGGGGCACUUAAGCUUGCAAAAGUGACCACUCUAGGGAAGCAUUACCAUGCGAAACUUCAAUACAUUAUUUGGAAGCCUUUUUCUCCUAAUCCCUCUAGGGGCCACUUCGGCGCUCCUAAGUUGGUAUUUCUAUUGAUGACCCAUAAAUUAAGAGCCUUAGGACCCAAAAAAAUCAAAGUCUUGACGUAGAGACGAACGGACUUUCCAAAAUAAAAGAGUCUUAUUUCAUAUUCACUUGCGAAUUCAAUAGCCAAGGACCUGGCUCAGAACUUUUUCCCCAUUAUAUUUCUGGGCCUUUUCUGAAGAAUGCCUUUAAAAAACGUCUUUUUCAAAAUUAAGGUCUGUAUUUUAAAAAAAAAGUUUUCAUUCAGAGGUUGAAAGCCACAGGAAACCGAAAAAAAAAUAAAAAGGCUUUUCGCUUCGAGACCCUUUAUUGAACUUUCAUAUGCUCCUUUAAAAAACUUCACUCGGGUUUUUUUUUUAUGAAUUUAAGUCCAGUAUAUUUUUUAUUCUGCGUUUCAAGAGAAAGUCUUUAUUGAAGAGCAAGAAGCCGGAAAAAGUAUGAAAAAAAGGCUUUUUCGCCUCGAGACCCAUUAUAAAUUUGCACAUGCUCCUUUAAAAAACAGCUUCGAGAUUUUUUUAUGAAAUUUCAGUAUUUUUUUGAAUCUGUAUUUUGAAAGGAAAGUCUUUAUUGAAGAACAGGAAGCCGUUAAAAGACGGAAAAAGGCUUUUCGCCCCAAGACCCUCUCGAAAACUUGGCUAUGCUCCUUUAAAAAGGUCACCAAUUUUUUUAAUGAGCUAGUUAAAUUUAUAAUUCGCAACAUUGAACUCAAUGAAUUGCAGUCUCGUUUCUCUGGACCCUCUCGUGUUUAUGUGCUAUUUUCAUGUUUCUCUAACCUCGACAGCGAGGGAAAAGAGCCGCAGACAGGUCAGACAGUUUCAUGCCAUGGAAAAUUUGUAUUAUAACGUUUUAUACAAUCCUUUAUCUAAAAAAAAAUUUCUUCAAACAAAAAUUUCCCUUUUCCAAAGACUUACCCCAACUUGACUGAACCUACAGUACCCUCGAAUAAACUCCUCAUUUUUCCAGUCAAUACCCAAAAGAAGGCGUCAUUUCUUCUGUUUUUCGGGUGCUGCUGAAUUAUUCGGCCCAACGCAUACAUUUUCCAAUUAUGGGCUCGUCGCCCCAAAAAAAUAUAUUCAACUUAUUUUUUUUUGUUUUCCAUUGCAAGGGUUCCAUUGUAAAUUUUUUUAAAGUCAAUGAUUUUUUUGGAUUGAAUUUUUAACAGACUUUACUGUUAGGAAGAGAUUAAAAAAAUAUUUCAUAUUAAAAAAACUUCAAUUCUUGAGCAUUUUCUUCUUGUACUGGGAGAGCUUAUAGGGGUCACUUGGAGGGUUUUAUCCGUUAUGGUGGCCACUAUAGUGGUCGAAUUAGUGACCACUUAAGUGACUAAACUUGGAAGUCUCUUUAGAAGCCUAAGUGGUACUACUAGAUCGCUAAAAACUACUUCAGUGAUCACUAAGACGAAAAAUAAUGACUUCGAGGUGGUUCUAGUGGUCACUUAAGGGCCCUCAAAACUUGGGAACCUUUUCCAGUAUCUUAUCAAUGCGGAUGUUUUCUGGAUUCAAUUCGAAUUAUUUUGAAAAUUUUGAGAAAAACGAAAAAAAGCUCUUGAAAUCUCGGUCCUUUCCGGACGAUCCAUGGACAUUUCUGAGCAUUUGAAGUGGUCACUUAAGGGUGCUGAAGCCGCUAAAGUGGUCACUAAAAGGCUCAGAAACUUCCGUGACGCUUUCGGUAUUUCUUAGCAAGAUUAUAAGAGUAAACUCCGAUUUUGUCCGUAGAGCGCACUUGUUCGUGAAUACACAGCCUUCAAAAUAUGAUUUUUUUUUUGCUCUGAAUUUUACGGCUUUGCCCUAUUUUGAGCUUUAGCUCAUGACGAGGUCGCCAGAAGAAAUGAAAUAUCGGAAAGAAGGAAAGGAGGAUAAUCCGAAGCGGAUUUGCAGCCGAGCAUGAUUCCCUUUCCGAACGUCGCAAAACACUUUCUUUUUUUUCUGUUUCAUUUCCCUGACUUUUUCCCGUUUUUUACUCACUUCCCGGUCACACGUCUGAGAAAGAAAACGUGAGAAAAAAUGGAAGUUUUUUGCCGGUCGGUAACCUUUCCAGGAAAUAAGUCAUUCUCCAUUUUUCGUCCUUCUCGAACUGUUUUUUUGAAUCGUAGCUCAUCCAUCGACCACCUUUGAACUUUGAAAAGGUUCCUGCAACGAGAGAAAUGUGGAAAGUGUACUGUAAUUAUUCUGAGAAGCAGUUUUUUUGGGCCAUUUUUGGGUUCUCAAUGGUUUCUAUUCCAAAGAUAAACUAGUUCUUAUUCUUAAUAAAGGUUAAAACUCAAAAAAAAAAAAUGGCAAAAAUUCAAAACCGUGAAGAGGAGUCGAACCUGUGACCUUAGGAGUAGAGAUAUUUGAACAGAAAUUGUAGAAAAAAAGCUCAAAAUUUUUUUGCGGAAUUUUUAUUUUUGAAAAAAACCUUACUGUAAUGGCUAUAAUGUGAAACACAAAAAAAACAGGCGAAAAAAUAAAUUUUUUGAGUUUCUUUUUUUAUUUCCUACAUUUCCAACAAGUUUUUCCGUGAUCACUUUCUAACCGCAACGCGACCGCCACGCAUUGAGCCAUUCCAAACGCGACCAUUCGAUUUAACAACGUCGAUUUUCUAUUUUUUUUUUGUUUGAGCAGAUGUUGACGGUAAAUUAUCAUUUUUUUUUUUCUUUUCUUGUUUUUUAUAGCAACAAAGAAACAGAAAACGUAGUUAAACUUGGUUAUUGUCAUACAAUUUUGAUCUUUCUGAGUUUAGAUCAGAAAAUGCUUAUUUUCGGAAAUUCCAUCAUUUCUGUCGAAUUUAUGAGAAAAUUGUCUAUUUAAUAAUUUUCUUGGAGCUCAUUUCAUUGUAAUUUUACGUCGAAACUACAAAUUUCUGUUGUUUCUUGGAAAAAAAUUAGCCAUGGAGCGCAUUUACUGUGAACUUCAGAAAUUAUCUGUAAUUCAAAAAGAAAAGCCAAUUUUUCCACUUUAAAAAAAUAUCUCAUCUUUUUCUUCUGAAUAGUACAUUUGGAUCCCAUUUUUUGGGAACUGAUAAAAAUUUUCAAAACGACUUUUUUUUUCAACCAAAGCUUCCAGUGUACAAACUUUGCACGUAAAUAUGAAAAUUCUAAAUUUUUUGUGCAUUUUCAAAUUUCUUCCUGGGCAAAGUUCACGCUCCUUUUCUAGUAUUAAGCCGGACUUUAGCCGGCCAAGACGUCAUUUCGUGAUUUUGGGCCAUUUGCGCGCCCAAAUUAUCGCAUGGCUUUUAGCGCCAUUUUCUUACCCAAUUUCUCCUCCGUUUUGCAAUUCUGAUAUUCAAUUUUACGUGCGCAAAGUUCUCUCUCCAUUUUAUUUUAUUUUUUUGAAAAAAAUUUCUUUAAUUUCGAGUUUACACGAUAACAUUCGAAAAACCUUUGAAAAAAAGUAAUUUUAUAAAAAUUUCUCAAUUUUUUUGGCCGCAUUUAGAAUGGCUCAGAGUGAUGCUAUUCGACUUUUUAAAUAAUUUUUUUGGUACCCCUGAGCGCAAGUCGGUUUUGGUCAGGGUGCACUUUGAAAAAUUUUGCGUCGAGCCAUUCUUCGUUGAGAGGAACACAAGAAUAUUAGUAUUUUUUUAUCGAAUUUGAAAAAUUUUUCUUUUUUAAAGAUUGACUCAAAUUAUCCAGCAUCUGAAUGGGUUUAUCGAAUUAUUACUUCUAAAAGCCAAAGAUCUUACAAUAUUUUUUUCCUAUUUUUCUUUCUUAUAUAAUUCUCAUGAAACAGCAAUCAUCCUGCUUUCCGAAAUAUGUUUUUCUCUCUUCUGUACUCGCGAAAAAUAUCAUUUUAAUUAUAUUUCAUAACUUUAAAAAGAGAAGAAAGUAUUAUAACACCCUUAAAAACAUUGUGACCGCACGAGAAAUGGCUCAAAAGGUUGCGGUUGAUGAAAACAUUGAAAUUGAGCAGCUUAUCUCAACGCUUUCGGAUGAAAAAGCGCGCAAGUCGUUUCGAGUCGAGCGCGUCUUGAAAAAAUGGCUUAGAAGUCGCGUUUCAAAGACAAGAUUAUCCUUUUUUGUCACUUUCAAACUUAAAUUUGCAUUUUUAUAACUAAUUCAUAUAAUCCCGACAUGUUUGGAAAGUAAUAUCUUUCUCCAAGUUUUCAAGACUAAAUGAAAUUAUUGAAACAGUAAACAACGUUAUUUUUUAAUUCAGUUUCAGAAGACUCCAACUAUGCAAGAAUAACUGCAGAAGUAUCGGAAAAUGCUUUUUUGAUUGAAAAUAAGUUCAAAAAAUGAGUCACGGUAACUUAUGACCGCACGUGGAAUGUCUCAAAGCGUAACGAGUGCGAAGUUCGUCUUGCAACCGACCAAAAACGACUUGCGCUAGUGGAAGUAUCUGAGGCAGCUUCUGGCGCGCCGCAAUGCAACCACGACGCCGUGAGCCAUUCCAAAUGCGACCAAAGGAAUUCUCAAAAGGAAGCUCAAUCAAAUGGAGUAACUUUCAAAACUUUCAACAUUUGGAAGACAUUCGAAACCGGAAUGUCAUCUACCAACAAAAAAAAUGUUUAUUUUUGAUGUUUGAGAGAAAGAGAAAUGGGGCUCAUUUCCACAUACAUAUGAUAAUAGGCGGAUGUCGGAUCGAAUUACGCAUCUCUUUUUUCCUUUUCCCGAAGGCCACGCCCCCGAAAAGCCCUUUUUUCGGGUCCAAAAUAUGCCGAGUCACGACAUUUCUUGGCCUUUUGCCCUCCUUUUCUGUUUGCCGAAAAAUCUCGGGUCUACUGUAGCGUAGACUCGGGUUUUUUGGCUUCUUUCAAGGCUUCUGGCUCAAGCUUGAUUGGGAAACAGCUGUUUUCGGGGUUUUUAUUUUUUCAAUGCAAAAUCAUUCAUAAAAACGGAAAUAGACUUUUAAAAAUAGACUAAAGAAAUCAGAUCUAUCAAAAAUUGGAGCAGCUGAGACUUUUUGAGAUCAUUUCGCUGAAAAAAACAAGAUGUGAAAAAAAUAGCCGCGAUUAAUCGAACCAAUCUGCUCCAUUGAGAAUUUGACUUUUUUUAGUCAUUUUGAAGAUUUUGUCCGUUUUUUUCGAAUCCUUUUUUUCAUUAUUUUUUUGUCAAAUCUUACCAUUUUUUUGAGCUUUCAGGGACCUAAACUGAAAUUUUAUCUUUUUCAAACGGUUUUUUUGGCUUUUUCUAGGGCUUUUUCUGGUGAGAGAGAAGCUCAAGCUUAAUUGGGAAACAGCUGUUUUUUCGGACUUUUCUGGUUUUUCAUUGCAAAAUUGUUCAUAAAAAACGGAAAUGAAAUUUAAAAUAGACUUAAAAAAUCAGAGGUUUCAAAAUUGAGCAGCUGAUAAUGUUUGACAUCAUUACGCUGAAAAAACGAGAUGUGAAGAAAUAGCCGCGAUAUAUCGAACCAAUGUGCUCCAUUGAGAAUCUGCAAUUUUUGUCAUUUUGAAUACUCCAAGACCAUUUUUUACAAUUAAACUACAUUUUUCAUGAUUUUUUCCCCAACUUUACCAUUUUUAGAGCUUUCAGUAAUGUCAACUAUCACGUAUUCUCUUUCAAAAAGGCUUAUUUCUCAAUUUUUCUCGAUUGGAUAAGAGAUUAAGCUUAUUUAUGAAACAGCUGAUAUAAUUUGACAUCAUUUUGUGGCUUUUUUGAUUUUUCUGUUUCACUCGAGGCAAGUUUUAUCAUCUUGUAGCUACAAAAUGAGUUCUUGCGAACGCCUAAAAAUUUUUAAUAUCAUCCAAUUUUUCCUUAUUUAUCCCGGACGUGUCUGAGAAUAUCUAGGGACCCCUUUAGGGGCAUCAACACUCUUAAGUGAUCCCUAGAGGGGCUCAGAAACGUCCGGCUUGCGUAACCGAGAUUCUGAAAAAAUUUGUCACUUUUCAAAUUUUUCAAUUGUUCCUUUGAUUAGUUUAAACUACUACGUCGUAUAUCCUUAUGAAAAAUAUUUCAGACCCCAUUUUUUAUCGAAAAGAUCAGUGUAAUGAAAAAAAAAAUAAAACCAAAAAUUCAAAAAUCGAUCGUUUCAACGCACUGGGAAAAUUUUUAGUAGGGUUUUGACGUUUGAGUGGUCACUAUAGUGGUUUUUUCAGUGACCAUUUAAGGGGUAAAAAAUUAGUGACCAUUAUAGAGGUCUAAGUGCUACUACUAGACCACUAAAAAUCCUAGUGGCCACUUUAGGGGUCAAUGGAUCAACAUAACUGGUCCAAUCUGUUUGUUUUAACAUUAUCAGAGUUACUGGGAGGAAUACUGGAUGAGAAACUACUGAAGUGGCCACUAAAUAGGGAACCUCUAUAGUGGCCACUAAACGGAAAAAAGUGGCCAUCAUAGAGGUUGGUUUAGUGGCCACUAUAGUGUCCUCUCCAAGUAGUCCUUGGCCAGCCUCUAUAGUGACCACUAAAAAUUUUCCCAGGCAGUACUGAAAUUCGAGAAUCAAAUAACCCUUUACCAAUUUUUCGAUCCUCUGUGAGACUGAUGUCAAGCUUAAAUCACUUAAUGGAUCACUCAGAAACAACAAAAAGCUCUCGAGCCUGACCUUUAAUUGAUCAUUCGUAAGCCCUAAAGAGACCACUUUGCAGGAAGAGCAGCGUCCGUUGUUUACUAUCGGCGUGCUCGUGUGCGGCGUGGUCGGCGGCCUGACCGUCGUCAUCUCGGUCGUCUACCUCUACCGCUUCUGUCUCAAGAAGCGGCCGCCAGUCACCACGUGAGUGGCCACUUAAGGGCGGAAGGUGUUCCGUCGUUGAGUGUAAGAGUAAAAGCGGCUGAAUUCACCCAAAAAACUUUGAUUUUAUGAGUUUUGGUCAGGAUUUUCUCAAUGAGGUCUCCCAAACGAGGGUCUAGUCUCAGCUCACAAUGAGACUCCAGAUAGUGCAGUUUUAACGCUGGUUCAAACCUGUGUUCAAAAGUUUACUAACAAGGAGAGUCAUUCUACUACUGGUAAUUUUCUGAAAAUUGGCUAGAUGGCUCUUUGAUGAACCAGGUGAAGAUCCUGAAAUCGCUGACCUGCAUAACUUCUUAGUUUUUGAAAAAGGACAACGUUACAAAGAACCCUAAAAGUCCUUUGAAGUACAGCCCAUUCACGGCUGACUUGGGGCAGCGAACAGGCGGUUUGCGGUUUUAAUUUUUGCGGCAAAGGUAGAUCAUGGCAACUAUUCAUGCGCCUUCCAUAAAAACCCCAUUUUGUGACUUCAUUUUUCUCUCAUUAUUCGUCGAUUUUAAGAAAAUCUAUAACAAUGAGAUUAAUGUAAAAAAAAGCAAUAGAAACAGGAAUAAAUCACCAAAUGAGGCUCUUAUUAAAGGCGCAUGUAUGGCCGCCAUAAUCUAUUUGGAAGCUUCGAAAUCAAAGAUUUUACAAGAUUUUAGAAUAUUCCAAUUUUUCGAGUUAUUUUUCUUCGAUUGGCGUUUCUAGCCCCUGGCGCCUUAGGCAGCGCCUUAUAAAGAAAUGGCAGUGGCGGCCUACGACCGUUUUGAAAUGUAAACGUUUCAAAACGCUCAGGGGCGUCAUUUCUCCACCUCUGGUGGAAAGGACUCGAACCAGUGACCUUGCAGACGCCAAACAUCCGUCUUAGCCACUGAGCUACACUUUUUCUUGAAAAAACUUCUGGUUCAGGACGGUGAAUCCAGACUUCAAGAGGGAGCACAUCCGAAGUGUCGUCACGGGGCUCAGCCGACCACUGCCAUUGCCGCCAGACAUCCUGCCAGCCAUCGUCUCGACGACGCCCAAGAAUACGUCAGUUCGAUUCCAAAUCUUACAUCUUGAAAAAAAGGAAAAGUUAGCGAUUUCGUAGUGUCUACACGAAUAAAUCAAGUUUCGAAUUUGACAGACAUUUUUUUUUAAAGUGAAAAAAUUCAAACUUGGAAUCGCUUUUAUAGCUUCACUCCGGUUCCACUAUUUUCAAAACUUCAACAAAAAAAUUAAGUUUAAAAAAAAAAUCUUCCAGAAGAUGUCUAUGUAGUUUGAACUAAAUAAUAAGGAAGCGAAUUUUUGAAAUUAUUUUUAAAAAAAUGAUUUUGAAAAAUUUUUCCGCGCUUUUUAGGCACUUAUCGAGACUCAAAUUUUUUUAAAAAAAUUUUCUGUGAUUUCAAAUAUAAAUUUGACUACAGUAUGAUUAUAAAAUACUACAGUAUACUGUAUACAAAAAUAAGAUCAUACUUGAUCUCAGAAGUUUGGGAAUCAAAGGACCUUCUUCGACUUCUAUGACGUCAUUCUUUAUUCUGAAGGAAUCAAAGAGAAAAAAAGUGCUACAGUAUGACGCAUCAAAAUGUUACAGUAAUCAACUUAUUUUUCCAGAAGUUUAUUUUUUGAUUGGUGUGGUCUGCUGAUUUGAGUCGUAUUGAGUUUUUUUCCUGUUUUUUGUUUGUUUCAACUUGAAAGUUGACUACAGUAGGGCGCAUUGAAUUACUACAGUACCCCACUUUUUUUUUAAAAAGUUUGACUUUUCAUCCACCUGGUUAGCUCUGUUGGCUUGUGUCCUAUCAACACUUCUCCACGUUUUUUUUCAUGAAUUUCAACUCAAGAGUGGACUACAGUAUGACUCUUAGGCUACAGUACGCCACCGUAAUCUUUUUUUUCAGAAGCCUGACCAACGUCGACUACGAGGACGAGCACGAGUCACGUUCCGUCGUGCCGCUUCUGGUCAACAACGAUUCGAGCUACGCUCUGCGUCUCUCACAGAAUACAUACAACUGUAGGAUCUCUAGUCUUAUCGAUUGAAGUUCCUUUUUUCGAGUAGAACCUUGUAAAAAAUUGAAAUCUUCCCUAAAGUUCGAACUACUUCACAGGAAGUUCGUUUUGAGACCUUAGAAGCGGCAGAGUGGCCCCUAGAGGGACCAUCAUUUUCUUUAAGGCUCCCUUCUAGGGGAUACUAUAUAGGGGACCCUAAGGUUUGCAAAAGUGUCCACUCUAGGGGAGCAUUUUUCGUAUAUUGCUGUGAGCUUUAUGAGAAAAAGCAUGCGAAAAAAGAAAAAAGUUAACUUUUUUUGAAUGAAAAAUAUCAUAAGAGGGUUACUUUUAAGACCCCUUAAGGGAUCGCUCAAGCUUUAGGGGCUCAGGGAUCAGACCCUAUAAGGACCACUCAAACUCCACCACUCUAGGGAACCCUAUCUUGUCCUUUGUAGAGGCUUUUAUCGCCUGACCCCUCUAGGGACCACUCUGGCGUUUUUAUGGCGUCAUUAUUCGAAUUUUUUUAAAAGAUGGCUUUUUUGACUUGAAACCUAUCAAACAGAAGAUUUUCAAUAUUCCCCGUUCCAGCCCUGCUCUCCGUCUCCGGAGCUCCGACCCGAGCUCAUUCGGCCGAGUUGCUGCCGCCAGACACCUCCGAAGAAGCUCGACGAGCUUCUUUCGAAGUGAUCCGUGGGACUGGCCGACAGCUUCCCAGUACCGAAGGCCUUCAGGUGCGUUUUCCCACUUCAAAUCCAUUAAAUUUAUCAACCCGUAGGUCACAAAAAACAAGAAGCAUUUUCAAGAAUCGAGUCAUGGUAAGAAAAAUGUUGAUAGCAAGGGCGAGAAGGCAAUUUUCGGCGAACGAAAAGAGAUAAGUGUGUUCAUCGCUGCCUUGGGGUCAAGGGAAAAAAGUUUUCGUGGUGGGACACUUUUUGGCGCGCGGCCAAUGUUCCUUUAAAGGCGUUUUUUUCCCGAGGAAACGGUGAAUCGGAAAAUGAUCAGUCAUGGUAAGAAAACUGGCACAUUAUUGGAAAGAGCAUAAAAAAGAAAAAGGUUUAAAGCAUCGUACUAAAAAACGACAUGAAACGGCAAAACAUUGCGAGGGAAUCCCUGGAAUCGGAUCGAAAAAAGCGUAA